CCUGCUUGCAUAUGCAUACUGUCCGCUGCGGCAAGUUUUCAACCGCCUCCUAAAACACCAUCUCAUGUGUCUCACGUGAGCACCGCCAAGAUGCACAUAUACGGUAUGGCCCGAGCUGCAAGGGGGAGGGGAUGGUAUACAAGUCAGCCCCUCGACACAUGCUGUCAGAUUUCCCAGCUUGGUCAAGCAGCGUCAACCUGAUCACCAUUUGACCACCGGAAUCGGCCCUUGUCGAUGAUCUCAUUCAAUGGCCGCAUGCCCUCCAACUGUCUCUUUGGAUGUCCUUCCAAGAGAGAUACUCAUCUUGAUACUUGCCGAACUACCCGACGCCAGGGCUCUGUAUCAACUCAUUCGAGCGUCUCCUGCCGCUUGCCGCCUCUACACAGCAGUCGGCGCCGAGGUCCUGGAGCGAGUCCUUGCCCGGUCUGUGCCUCCGCAAAUCCAUCAACUCAUCCGGCUCGUGGGGGUUAUACGCACGUCAACACCGAGCAGUCCAAUAGCGCCUUCUUUCCAAGCCUUCCUGGGCCAGUACAUCCGUCCCGCGGCGGAUGACAAGGAGUAUUUCCCUUUGGCCCCGCCUCUCAGUCAGACAUGCAGCGGUGAGAAGGAGCUUGGGGGCGUCAGGAAAUUGCUCUUGAUUGCCCGGCGCAUAGCUUGCCUGACCUCGCUUUGCAUUGCCAGCUACCGCGAAAGAUGCCUCUCGAUCACGCCAUCUCACAGAACUGAGCGGGGAGGCUCAUCCUGUGGGAUGACAUCGAAGCCCUGGGAGGAACGCUCCGAUGGCAUCCCUUAUCGGCCUCGAGACGUGGGCCCGCCAACAUGGAUCGAAGAGCAACGUGUGAUGCGCGGGCUCUGGAGGCUUCAGGUGUUUCACGAGCUGAAAACAGCAUCAUCCGAGGAUCGCACUAGGUGGUCCGAACGAGACAAGCGGGAGGCCGCUGACAUGACACCUGAAGACUUCUUCGAUGUCUGGGGUCCACAGCUGGAGGAGCUGCUCACCGUGGUGGAUUUCGUGCGCGAAUACACAACCAAACCAGAAGAACGCUUUGCCCUUCAAGACUGCGACAUGAGGCUUCCGGACCCGCCAACAGGCAACGGCUCGGCCCCUUCAUGGCCAGUAUUAUGCCAGGCGCCCCCGACGGAUGCCUGGCCGGGCUGGACCAGGCGGUUGAACACCCCGCCUACGGCAUGGGCGUUUUUCGGCCAUCUCCACACCAACCCGCGCUCUCCUAUACGCGGUGUCGAAUUCUGGCCGUUUCGGAAAUUGGGCCUUGCGAUAUGGGGGCGGGAAAAGCUAGCCAAGCUGGAGCUAACGAACCCGGCCGGAGUGGCUGCGAGCAAAGGGCCGCUGGGAAGCCGGGAAGACCUGGAGUUCACUUGGCGAAGUCUUCUUCCCGACGACUACCUGGUCCGUCUUGAACAGAGGCUGGAGGAAGAUUGGCAAGACUCUAGAGGCGAGGAGUAGCUAGUGUUCUCUUUCUGUCAGUAUGUACAGCAACCUGUCAGGUUUGUCUGAUCAGAUUUUACCGCUGCAAUAUGUUAGGCAAUUGGCCAGUUUUCAAAUCAUGAUGCCGAGAUAAGCUAGUCAUGGACAGCGUAGUUAACCAUUUGAACAAGCCCAUGACUCCGGGAUCCCGGAGCGGCCGUGCGCGAACCGGAGCUGAAGGCCCCCCUUCAAAAAGCCGCCGCGUCCCGGCCGGGACCAUAUACCGAAAGCGGCCUCCGCCCGCAUUGCAAAGUCGGGUGAGUUAAUAACGAGCCGUCGCCCGAAAGCCGAAGAGCAUGAUGGGGCUUGAGGGCUAGAUGCUGGCUAGCGCGUGUGUCUUCAUGCAGCGACGGCGUUGGGUUAGAUUACCUGCCAGAUCCAAGUGACACACACACUCACUUCACUGCACACCCGGGUAAAUCCCAC